AUGUUCAUGAAAUCGGUCAACACCGCCGCUGCGCUGGUAGCGGCAUUCGUAGCACCGAAAGACCUCGAUGUCAAAGACCCAACAUCUAUACGUGGUGUGGCUAGUACGCUUGCGCAUGGGCUCAUGUCAUAUUACUCCGGAAAUGUGACGAACACCCCAGAGAGCAUUGCAGUUUUCCCUGAACCAUAUUACUGGUGGGAAGCAGGUGCAGCCUGGGGAGCCAUGCUGGAUUAUUCCCAUUACACGGGUGAUUCUAGCUACGAUGAAGUCAUUACACAGGCCCUACUAUCUCAAGUUGGGCCUAAGUUUGAUUUGAUGUCGCCAUUGCAUUUUGGCUCCGAAGGGAACGACGACCAGGCUUUCUGGUCUUUCUCUAUUCUUAACGCCGCUGAGCGGAAUUUUCCCCAGCCUGACGACAGUAUUCCCCCUUGGCUCGAUAUCGCAGAAAACAUCUGGAACACGAUGGUUGUUAGGUGGAAUACGACCAACUGCGGAGGCGGACUUCUUUGGCAAAUCUUCGAGGAUAACCCGAACGGCAUGAAAUAUAAGAACAGCGUUUCCAAUGGCGGUUUCUUUCAAUUGUCGGCACGCCUUGCACGGGCAACCGGCAAUGACACGUAUUUCGAGUGGGCUAAGAAAGUGUGGGAUUGGUCUGAGAAGAUUGGUUUCAUAGAUCAGGACUACAACGUUUACGAUGGUGCUGGCGUCGAAGAUGAUUGCGCUGAGAUCAACAAACUAUCAUUCUCAUAUUCCCAGGGAAUUUAUAUGUAUGGAGCCUCUGUCCUUUACAACUACACGAAGGGCGACAAGACGUGGGGAGCUCGCACGACCGGCCUCCUGAAAGCAGCAGACUCUUACUUCAGCCCCUACCCGAACGCGACUAACAUCAUGUUCGAGCACGCCUGCGAACCGUACGAGCUCUGCAACAAUGACAUGAAAUCAUUUAAGGGCUACCUUUCGCGCUUCAUGUGGGCGACGUCACGAAUGAUGCCUUCCACGUCAAACCAAGUUCAGUCUUUGUUGAAUACCUCCGCCGUUGCAGCUGGUAAAGCUUGCUCUGGAGGACAGAAUGGUACUGUAUGUGGGCAGAAGUGGUAUACCGGUGGUUUUGACGGUGUAACAGGACUGGGCCAGCAGUUGACGGCGUUGGAGACGGUCCAGGGGCUUCUCUCUCAGCAGGCGCUUCCUCCGUUCAAGGCCGGUGAGAUCAAGCACGUCAAGGGCACAGGAAAGGUACCGCCGAAGCCGGCUGGCAAGUAA